GAAAAAUAUUUCGAAAUAGGCAAAUUAAAAAUGAAAGUGGGAAAAACAUUUUGAGACAGAGAGUAUGAUACUACAUUGAAAGAUUAUCUAUGUUUUAAUACUAUAUAAUUAAAUCACCAAGGUUCCCACCCCCCUAAUCCACAGCUCUCUCUUUUUCUUCUUCUUCUUCUUCUUCCAAAAAUGCUUGAGGAAUCCAAUGCAGCCAGCAUGAACAUGAACUCAUCUUCCAUCUGGUCAUCCAUGGCCAGCUGGUUCACCCCCACAGUCCUCUUCCUCCUCCUCAACCUCAUGAUUGGGACCAUUGCUCUCUCCUCCACACUCUCCUGCAACAAACAGAAGCACCCAAAGAAGAAUCAAGAACCCCAUCACCAUCUUGACAAGUCCCCCUCCGUUCUCCACCGCCUCAGAUCCAUCAAUUUCUCCAGUUUCAGAUUCCACGAGACCUCAAUCUUCAAAUCCUCCCCGGAUUCCGACGCCCACCCGCACCCCCAAACCUUCGAAGAUUCCCAAUUUCACAACACCCAUCAGGAAACGCCGGUUCUUGAAUCUCCGGCGACCCACUACAUUUUCCGGCAGGAGUACCACCAGGAAGAAUCGCUUACCCACUACACAUUCCAGCAAGAGGAGGAGGAGGAGGAGGUGGAGCGGGAGAGCAUGGACGAAGUCUACAGCAGAUUGAACCGGCGGCCGGAAAGCCAGAGUCAGCCGGAGGUCAAGACAUCUGCAGAGGAGGAGUCGCCGGAGAGGAUGAAGAAGUCGGCGAGCGUGAAAUCGCGAGUCAACCCUUUUGAGGGGGGCGGAAAUCUGGAGCGCCGGCGGCCGGCGACGGUGAAGGAGAGAGGGAAGGCGGCGGAUCUGGAGGUGGACGCGAGGGCCGACGACUUCAUCAACCGGUUCAAGCAGCAGCUGAAGAUGCAGAGGCUAGAUUCUAUCCUGAGGUACAAAGAAAUGAUUGGGAGAGGGGCCGGAAAGUGAAUCUGAGGUUCUACGGGGACUGUUCUGCAAUAUCUUGUCGUUGUUGGGGUUCUUUCAGUAAUAGUGAAAACGUUGUCCGUACUUUGUAAGAUUAGAAUGUGUGCGGUGUGCCCGCAAAGGAAAAAAAAAUCAAAUUUCGCAUUAUUGUUAUUCCACUUUUUGUGGGGGGUUGAAUCGCUAUUUGCUAGAGUUUUGGGGGCUUUUGUAAGGAUAUUUAAAUGGGUGGUGCUUUGUGUGAAUCUUGAUUUCUUGCUAUUUAAAGCAAGGGAUCCACCCAUUGGUGGAGGUGGUGCUAUGUACAAUUCUCUCGAGAAAAAAUCUCAGUGGAAAAUUUUUAAGAAUUUGUAAAUUUCUAUUGUCUCAAAAUAAAUUUUAUGAUUUAUA